AUGUUCAAACAAUUAAGAGUAAAGCAAUUGUGUUUUUACAGCAACAGGGCAAGUGUACAAUCUAAAUUCACCACUAUUGGCCAGGUAAAAAAGUAUCUGGAACAACCAUCAUGGUCUCUAAAAGAGUCAUUUAAUAAGAUAGAAAGUGUAGAAGAAGUUUCCCAGAAGGAAUUUGAUAAAUUAAUGAAGCUGUCAGGGUUUUCUCAAGAUACAAAAGGGUUCAAGAAAGCAUUGAAUAAACAAAUUGCAUUUAUAAAUCAAUUAGACUCAGUUCCGUUGACAGGCACUUCUGUGAAUGAACGGUAUGCGAGGUUAUUACCAAGGAAAACAAAGUCAUUGACGUAUACCGAUCUUUUGACUAAAAUCAAAGAACAAAAAAGUGCCAAAUACCCUGAUGAGACUACCGGCUACUGGGAUCCAACAUCUGCCGCUACUGCCUCCAGAAAUAAAUUCUUUGUUGUUGCGAAAAACCAAUUUAGUAAAUAA